GGUCUCCGCAAGUUUUAGACUCCACAACUGUGACGUAUGUUGUUUUUAUCAGAAAUGUCAUCAUAAACCUGAUACGUGUCGACAAGUUUAUCUUUUGACCAAGUGCGAGAAACUACGUGGAGCGAAUAGAAGCCAGAAAUCGACCAAUAUAUAUCUGUGUUCUCGGUUCGGGCUUGAUUCACUACGUCACCUGGGACAACAACCCGAUCCUGGCAGACGGUCAAAUUUACGGACGUGAACGUUCUAUGCCAGAGUGAUUUUUUGUUAGACCGUGACUAUGAAAAUUGAUAUUCACAAUCAUAUUCUGCCAGAGAGAUGGCCGGACUUGAAAGAGAGAUAUGGUUAUGGUGGAUGGGUUCAGUUACAUCACCACUGUAAAGACAAAGCCAAAAUGAUGAAAGAUGGACAAAUGUUCCGUGAAGUUCAACCGAAUUGUUGGGAUCCUGAAGUUAGAAUACAAGAGAUGGAUGAAACUGGUGUUAGUGUACAAGCGCUAUCUACUGUACCUGUUAUGUUCAGUUAUUGGGCCAAACCAGAAGAUACACUAGAUCUAUGUCACAUUCUAAAUGAUGACUUGGCAAAAACAUGCAAAAAGUAUCCAACACGAUUUGUAGGUCUUGGAACAGUACCUAUGCAAGCACCUGAGUUGGCUGUGCAGGAACUGAAAAGAUGUGUUCAGGAGUUAGGAUUUCCUGGUAUUCAGAUUGGUUCCCAUAUCAAUGAAAUGAAUCUUGAUGCACCAGAAUUACAACCCAUAUAUGCUGCUGCAGAGGAGGUUGGUUGUGCGAUAUUUGUUCAUCCCUGGGACAUGGAUCUAAGUGGCAGAAUGUCUAAAUACUGGUUGCCCUGGUUGGUUGGUAUGCCAGCAGAGACCACAACAGCUAUGUGUUCUCUCAUAUUUGGAGGUGUUCUUGAAGAGUUUCCCAAACUUAAAGUUUGUUUUGCACAUGGAGGUGGUGCUUUUCCUUAUACCAUUGGUCGUAUCGAACAUGGAUUUAACGUCAGACCGGACCUGUGUGCAGUGGACAAUCCAAUUAAUCCACGCAAAUAUCUUGGAAAAUUUUAUACAGAUUCGUUAACACAUGAUCCUAAGGCUCUGAGUUUACUGGUUGAUGUUAUUGGAGAGGGUAAUGUCUUGCUGGGGAGUGAUUACCCAUUUCCUCUUGGUGAACAUCAUCCAGGUAAACUGAUAGAAUCCAUGGAAAAUUUCACUCCCGAGCUGAAGGACAAACUACUUGCUGGCAAUGCCUGUGAGUUCCUCGGGUUGGACAGGUCAAAAUACAAACCAGCGAAGUGUUCAAGCCCAAACCAAGAUUCAAAUGAUAAAGGUGUCAACGAUACUACUGAUGUGCCAUCACCUAAGCGGGUUAAAACAAGUUAAGCUUCUACCCGGAUAAAUGACCAGGAAGUGAAGUUUCAAAUAUUCAAUUAAAUUGUUCAUCAUGAAUGUACACUAGGGUAUUAUAAUACCAUUUGCUGCCUGUUAUUGAAAUGCUGCAUUCUCAUUUGUAUUACAUGCACUGUGCGAGGUCAAUGCACAAACAAGAUAGUGCACGUGUGCGACUCAACAUUGAAUGUAUCCCCAAUUUUGUAUAGAUGGUUUAAAUAACAAACCCAUUUCUAUUUGUUCAGGUAAUGAAAUCCUAGUCAUUUUCAUAUAUUUUACGUUUACGUUCAACUGAAAUACACGUGUCAUGCAGACGCUUACCACACUAUACCACUCCCAUGUAUAUUUAAAUUUUUCAAUAGUUCAUGGUAUUAUAAUUUAAAUAAAGGACUCUGCACUGUCUUUUGUGUGAUAACAGGGUUCGAACAGAGAUCUUUGCUUAAAUAAAUUAAAUUGGCUUGACUUGCCUAUUGUGCACACCCCUGUCCUGUUACUAUGCAAUAAUUAGCAGUGUGUUGUCCUUUAUUUCCAAGUGGUCAGUAUACUUGUAGUAAAAAAAAAACUGCAUAUAUAAAUGGAAUGAUAUUUUGUUUAUUUGCUUAUACAUUGUAUUUAAUUUUGUAUAUGAAUUUUGCUAUCUAGACACUAAAUGCUUGCUACAAUGAUGCAAUCAUUUACAAAGUAUUGGAUUUGUGGUGCAGCUAUAGAGGGCCUUUUUUAUAUAAAUAAUUGAUAUAUUGUGGUAUUUUAUAUAUUUAAUUACUGCCAUGUUUUUGAAUAGUCGACUGGUGGGUGCUGCAAGGUGUUGGUGCCAGGAUGUGCAUACUGAGCCAGAUUAUUUUUGAAGUUGUAUAAAUUUGAUAUUAAAAAUUGUCAAAUGCUGGAGUCAAGUAAGACUAGCAGUAUAUAAUUAUUAGCACUAGCUUUUACCAACCAUCCAAAGGACUUCAUUAAAAUGGUCUUUAUACACGGGUGGAGUUUGGAUUAUUUUUUUUUUUUUCAUGGAUUGCCAACACGUACAUCUGUCAUGUCGAAAAAAUAAUGAGGUACUGUUGCAACAAAAUCAAAUAAGUAAUGUUAAUUAUCAUUUUGGUCUCUUAAACAUAGGCAAAUCUACUGAAAGGAGUUUUUAUACACGAGUUGCUUAUGCCUCUGGACUGUCUGAAAGUGGUCACUAACACAAUGGAUGUGGAUGUAGACUAGUAUAAGUACAUUUUCAUUGCUGUGCUUUAUUGAUUCACAAUGAAUUGUUGGUUGGAAUUACUAAAUUCUUUAAAUUUACAUACAACUCCAAUUAAUAGUCACACAUAUUCAUAUCACUAUCAAUACAUUAACUUUAAUAAAAAAUAUGAUAA